AUGUCUACUUCAAGUCCUCGACAAGCAGCAUCUCUAGAGACACUGCCUCCAGAGAUUUUAAUUCCCAUCGUAACACGCCUUCCAGCGCUUGACAUUCUCUGGGACCUGAUCACGGCAUCCCCUCGCGUCUGGCGCCUCUUCAGCGACCAUGCCAUCACCAUCGUCGAAUGCAUCCUCUCAGGUCCCAAUGCAAUAAUACCGCCCGAGAUCGCAGAGCUCAUACGCGCAGUCAUACUCGUGCGCGCACGAGCAGUUCCCUUCGAGAGCCUGAAUGAAUUUCAGGGCCGGUUCUUACGCCAAGUCUGGCGCAAGUUCAAGGGCAGCGACAUGGAAGCCCCUCCAAGACCAUCCCCAGAUGAAAAACUGAGCCCUGGGUGCUUGUCGACUGCGAUGCCCUCUUUCGAGGUUCUUCGAUCGGUUGUUGCAACUGCUCACCAGAUAUCUGCCCUUUCGCAAGCAUGCUUGACCUCGUUCCUUGACCGUUUGAGAGAUCCUAGUUUCAGACCUUUGCACCUUAGCAAUCCUGAAGACCGGUACGAUCGUCAUCAUAGACGAGGGCCAAAUGGUGAAUACAUCAAAGCCUGGGAUCAGGUCUUUGCCGGAGAACCGGUGAGUGUGGUUGAUGUAGGUCAGCCCACGUGGGUAGAAGAGAUGCGAGUUGUGCGAGCUCUAUGGUAUAUUCAGCUCGUGGGUGAAAUGCGUCGCCAGAUAGACAGUCUAGAGUGGCCAGCUCAAGACAUCGAGGGUCUGAAAGAAAUGAAUCCCGGCGAUGACCGCCAUAACCUAGGAAGCCUAUAUCCUCUGUCACCCGAAGAAGUCAGGUCUGUCAUGGGAUAUCUGGCAAACCUUGGGGAGGCGAAGCAAGAUUUGUUCUACCGACUACCGCGUCCUCCUCGAUGUGAGAGAUGGACUACAGCUUUGCCCAUUCGAGGUGAACGAUACAUGGAAAUCGCGGGAUACCGGGAGGACGGUCGCCCUAUCAAGCGUAGCAAGUUUACUGAAGAUCGGCUUUGGGGUCGGACCCCGCUGGCACUGGAUGGAGACGCCCCUGGAAU